AUGUCAGAGAAUGCGCAAUAUAAGGACCACGGGUCCAAGAAGAACAUAUACGACAAGAGACACCCCGCUGAAGAAGAAGAAUAUCCCUCCCAUGAUAUGGGCGCCGAAUCUACAUCUCCUGCGGCAGACUACACGACCUACAGCACGGCGGAUCUGAUCGAUCGCAUUUCAGCGCUUGAACGACAAUUACGGGAACAGACCGCACGGAUUGCUGCGCUUGGUGUGGAAUCCACCGGCGGAGACACAGACGGGAAGAGAUCUAUAACAGCCUCUUCAGAACCAUCGUCUCAGCUCCGAACCGGCACUCACUCCUCGCUCGCUCCUCCUCGCUCCCGCUCUCAAUCGCCUUCACGCCGCGCCCGGCCUUUCGAUCCGACGCUCUACGCGACACGACACAUCGCCCUGAAAUUCGCGUAUCUGGGCGGCCGCUACAACGGCUACGAACACGCGAAUGGGAAUGUCUUGCCCAUGCCGACGGUCGAGGAAGUCCUGUGGAAAGCGUUGCGGAAGACACGACUGAUCAGCCCGUCUGUGCCCGAGGGGGCUGAUCAGUCGAUGGACGUGGUCUGGGAGAAGCAGAGACGGUUGGCGCGGUACACGGAUGGGAAAAGUGGCGGGCGCGACGAAGCAAAGGGGAAGGUCAGGCUCGAUUUGAAUUGGGAUGGGUGUCAGUAUAGUAAGUGCGGCAGGACGGAUAGGGGGGUCAGUGCGUUUGGACAGGUCAUUGGGCUUAGGGUGCGGAGUAAUAGACCGAUCGAAAAGGAACAGAAACAGAAACAGGAGGGGGAAGAGGAAGACACCGAAGGUCAAAAAAACACUGCACAACAAGAGGAUGGAGGGAAAGGAGGAGGUGAUGGCAGAAUGUCCACGAGUGUGGAUCAAUCGGCUAUUGAUGGGAAUCUAGAGCCUACUAUGGUAUCAGUGGAAGCGGGAACAUCCUUUGAUUCUGAUGACCAGAUGCCCUCGAUCGAUACCGACGACCUGGAAGCCGAACCGUACUCGAAACCGUUCGAUCCGAUCAAAGACGAGCUCUCGUACGUGACCAUGCUCAACGCCAUCCUUCCGCCCGACAUUCGCAUUCUCGCGUGGUGUCCCGACCCGCCGGCGAACUUUGACGCUCGCUUUUCCUGCCGAGAGAGACGGUACAAGUAUUUCUUCACGAACCCGGCCUUCUGUCCCACCCCGGGCCCGCGAGGGAUGAGGUACGCGGACGGCCGACCGGGCAAGCGAAGAGAGGGAUGGCUGGAUAUCGAGAAGAUGCGCCAAGCCGCGAAGAAGCUGGAGGGGUUGCAUGAUUUCCGGAAUCUGUGCAAGAUCGAUGCGAGCAAGCAGAUGCCGAGCUGUGAGAGGCGAAUCACGUAUGCAGAUGUCGUAGAGUGUGAUCAGACUGGUAAGAUCUUUUCGCUUCAUCCGGGCUUGAACGAAUCUGGGGCUGCAGUGGAAUCGAACAAUAUCGAUUCCAAGUCUAUCCUGGAAAAUGGCGUAGCAGUCAACAAUUCGGGUCUUCUGAACGGAGAUGCAAGACCCUCUGCGUCGUCGCUAGUCGGAGGCCCGAGAGUCUACACCUUUUGCGUCAACGGCUCGGCAUUCCUCUGGCAUCAAGUCCGGUGCAUGGUGGCUGUUUUGUUUCUGGUAGGCCAGGGACUCGAGGAACCCAGCAUCAUCGACGAAUUACUCGACGUCGACAAGAACCCUGGCAGACCGAUGUACGAGAUGGCGGAUGACGCGCCGCUGGUUUUAUGGGACUGUAUAUUUCCCGACACCGACGCCGACACCGACAAAGGCGACAACAGCAGAGCUGAUCCGCUAUUGACCGACUCGCUGAAUUGGAUCUAUGCCGGCGACCAAGCGGGUCUUGCCGCCCUUCCUGGCAAGAAUGACGGCAAGUUCGGCUCCAACGGUGUUGUCGAGGAAGUGUGGAGCCAAUGGCGACAAGCCAAAAUCCAUGAAGUCCUGGCGGGCAGUCUGCUUGAUUUGACGAUCGGUCAGGGCGACGGGUCUGCCUUGCAGCGGAGUAUCCAGCGAGAUGGGGAGUAUGCUUCGCAUCGCAGGCAGAAGGUGUUUGAUGGUGGGAACAGUGCUCGCCUUGCGGGCAGGUAUGUGUCCGUGAUGAAGAAGCCGAGGAUGGAUUCCUUGCAUGUCCAGAACACCAGAUGGUUGAAUGGCCGCAAGCUGAAACGUGACGCGGCUUUGGCCAGGGAUCAAGCUCAAGCUCAAGUCGAAGAUCAAGUUGAAGGUCAAGUUGAAGGUCAAACUCAAGCUUCCCGUGGCGACCAGGCUUGA